GGACUUAAUGUCAAGGAGAAACCUUUACCUUUACUUAUAGUCUUUGCUCACCAAAAGCUUCAUCCUUGCCUCACAAUGGGGAGUGGUAACCUUACUGGAUCACAAUCACAAGAAAGGAUGAGGAUCCUGGGUAAGAGAUGCUGGGGAGGGGUGUUGGGAAGGAAGGGAAAGGGAGAGAGAAAGAGAGGCACCCAAACCACUUCCUGCCAGACUCCCCAAAGAGACAUUCCUUUCCUUGCUUCGUUUAGACAAGUUGGGAAACAAAUGUCACAGCUCGAGAGGGGAGGGAGGUCCUCCUCCAGGCGAGAGUGAGAAUGAUUUUGCCAGAUGGGCUGAGGGCAGAUGCCUCCUUCGCUAACGUCUUGGUGUAGCUUGGUCUGGGGAGAAAGGCCUCAAGAAUUUGUUUCAACUCAAGCUAUAUUAAACUAGGGUUAGUUCACAUAGUGGGGAGUGCAGGGUGGGAGGGAGAAUUUGGCCCUAUGUCAAGUUGUUUGGAAGAGAAUCUGGGAAGAGAGUGAGACAGGCAGCAUUUAACACAUCUCCCGAUUUGCUUGAACGAGAUCUGGAAAGUUUCAGCUUCACUUCUGUAGUGUACCGUUUCUAGUCCUCAUGGUAACAGGGAGCAAACACUGAGCACAGGCAAAAAGGAAUGCUGGACAUACCUUGGUGGGGUUUGAUCUCUUCUGUAAAAUAAUUUAAGGAACAUGGCAUGUCUUGGGGGAGAACCUGGGAAUGAGUAAUUCAGCAUAGCUAUGAUUUCUUACAGGUGGUAUACCCAGGUAUGCGUCCAUUCUCCUCUGUGAAUUCUCAAACUCUUCAGUCUUUUGAAAUUAAAUGUGCAACUUUCCUUUAUAAAAAGAGCCCUAGUCAGGGCAUCUGGACAGCAUAGCUUUUACAUACGGAUGCUCAAGGGAAGCAUCAUAGUUCAUUCAAAAAACACCACUUGCCAAUUUGCAUGACCUGGAAAUGCUAUGUUAUGUCUUGCAUGUGAAAAUGAACCAUGGAAACUCAUACAAAUUGUUAUUGUUAUUUACUUUCAACCUGACUUGGAUGUAUGGUGGCUAUAGGAAUGAGAGACCUCCAAGAACCCUGGUCAUAAUCUGCCCUUUUUAGAUCUUACAAUUCAGAGCCAGGGUUUCUUUGUGCGUACAUGUGUGCAUGUAUCCACGGAGGAUACAUUCCCAGACUUCAUGAGGAUAUGUGAAAUCACAGAUACCAGUGAACUCUAUUGAAAUGAAGGGCCUCUGGCCCAGGAAUACCAUAACUUGCACUGGAGGGCAUAGAAAAUGCCUAGGGAAGAUAUAUUUUGCCAGAUAUGGAUCAAUGAUGCUAUGGAUACUGGUUCUGCAGAUACUGAGAUUGUACUUUGUACACAUUACAUGUGUUUGAACACUCCUGCACAAUUAUACGUACAGAAGUAUUUGAACUUUUUUUUUUUUUGCGAAAUGCUUGAAGAAAUAACGAGAAAUCAUGACAUCUGAAAAAAAUCAGCUAUUCACUGUCAGAUGACUUUGCAACAAUAGUUUGGGAGCUAAACAGCUUCUGUUUCAGUGUAAAUCAAACUCCUCCUGGCUUUUAACUUUACCCAUGCCAGCAAAUAAACUAAUUCAGCAGUUUGCCCUUCACUCUCAUUGCUUCGGGUGAGUUGGCUAUUUGUGUGCGUUUUAAGACCCUACAUAUUUUUAUUCAUUGAUGUAUUCCACUUAUUUAUCGUGUCAGAAGCAAAUUGAGAAUGUAUUAUAAUGUAUAAAAAACUACAAACAAAGUUAAAAACUUGGCAUUAUACUAAAUUUCCUUUGACCAGAAGCUGGCUAUUUGGAGUACUUCUGGUGUCACUGUGAGAAGGUCCUCAAUCGUGCAUGUGCCAGGGCUAAGGUUGCAUUGUAGUAAGUGGUCUGUGGAUGGCUCUUCUCCACACUCACAUGUCCUGGACUCCACUUUGUAGCCUCAUUUCUUAAGGUUAUGUAUUUCACUAUUGCCUUUUUUUUAAAAAAAUGCAAACUUUCAAAAAAAGUUUCUAAUAAAUCAGAGAUAAGCCAGAUUUUUUUUCUUUUUAGUGAAUUAUUCUGAAAGAAAAGCUGCAGAGCAGGUUCUGUCUCCUGUGAGCAUUCCGGAAACUGCUUCCAAACCAGUCUCAUAAUAUACUUUUGAUCUGCUUUCUACUUAAGCUGCCGUGAACUUCUGUGUCUCCUUGCGGGUUCCCCAGACCAUCCCCAUGGACCUGAGGAUUGGACAGCGCCUUGCCAAACCUGGCCCAGAUACGGCUUUGCUGGCCCUGAAGCAGACGCAGCUACAGCACCAGCUUUUUCUAGCAAGCUUGCACCAGCAGCAAGUGGAGCAGCUCACCCAUCCACACCUGCGGGUGCCAAUGGAGCCGCCAUCUCAAGAACCCGUCCCUGGAAAGCAGGAGCAAGAAUUGCGACUCCUCUUGAAUAAAGACAAAAGCAAGCGCAGUGCUGUAGCAAGUAUGGUUGUGAAGCAGAAGUUGGCGGAGGUAAUCCUGAAGAAACAACAGGCUGCUCUGGAGAGGACCAAUGCCCCUGCCAUGUCUUACAGGUCCUUGGAGCCAAUGGAACACGAAACCCCAGUCAACCCUGUGCUUUCCAGUUUCUUCCCUCCUGUCUCAAACAGUUCCGGGGACUCUCCAGAACAUUUCCCAUUACGGAAAACAGCAUCGGAGCCCAACCUGAAGCUGCGCUAUAAGGCUAAAAAGGCUGGCGAGCGGCGCAAAAACCCACUGACCCGCAAGGAAAGUGCACCCCCUUCCUUGAGGAGGCGUCCCCCAGAAACCAUUGAUUCAUCUCCCAGCAGCAGCAGCACCCCAGUCUCUGGCUGCAGUUCACCCAAUGACAGCCUUGUGCCUGAACACGGGGCCCUUCCACCAGCACCAGGACUUAUGCAAGAGACACCACUAGCUCAGCGCCUGAGAAUGCAAGAGAGCUCAUUGGCCCAGUUUGCUCUUCAGACCAGUGGCUCCCUCCCAGCGCUUACCCUUGGACUGCCAGCUACUUCAGCAUCACCUGUCCGGGGAGAUGGAGAUCACAGGACACUCCCUGGCCUUGCACACAAGGUUCCUGUCCUCACCAGCACCCAUGCGCCUGUGUUUCUGUCCACCAACUUAGAGCAACAUGACCCUGGAAGUCCCUUAUCUACUCGACUCCAGCCUGUGAUCAUCCUAGAGCCUUCACUCGCCCAUUCUCCUCUGGUGACAGUUCCAGGUCUGGGAGCAGUCCCCUUUCACUUCAGCCAUUCGGUGGUUCCCCCAGAGCGGCUCUCGGUGCCAAUCCACAAGCCCUUGGGACGAACGCGCUCAGAGCCCCUGCCGCCCAGUUCCAGAGCCGUACAACAACAACUGGCCUACCAGCAACACCACACCCUUUUCCUCGAGAGGCUGAAACACCAGACACCUUUGGGCAAGCGUAUGUCCAAGAGUGAGAAGCCUCGGUUGCAGCAGAUCCCCUCGUCUGAAGAUAUGGAAGCAGAGGCAGGAGGAGAUGUGAGCGACCUUCCUGCAAGCCAAGUGGGGCCUUCAUCAGCAGGAACUGGCACUAAGGAGGCAGAAAGGAGCUCUAGGUUGGGUCAGCCGCAGGAAGAUCAUAUCUUUCAUCAGACCCAGUACACCUGGGAGAAGCACCAACAGCGCAGCCAGCAGCACCAGCUCCUUCAGAGGCAGCCUGCUCCUGACUCCCUUCUGAUCCCUGCUGCCCGUGGAAGCCACCGGCCACUUUCCAGAGCUCAUUCGUCACCAGCCCCAGCCACUGCAUCCCUACCCAACCAGGACACAUCUUCCAAGGCCCUGCCACUGCCAGUGCAAGAGCAGUCCACCAAACCACGGUUCACCACAGGAAUUGUGUAUGACUCUGUCAUGCUGAAGCACCAAUGCUCCUGCGGGGACAACAGCAACCACCCUGAGCAUGCUGGCCGCAUCCAAAGCAUCUGGUCUCGCCUGCAAGAACGGGGCUUACGCAGCCAGUGUGAGUGCCUCCGGGGACGCAAGGCCACUUUGGAGGAGCUGCAGUCUGUUCACACUGAGCGUCAUGUGCUGCUGUAUGGCACCAACCCCCUCAGCCGCCUGAAGCUGGACAAUGGAAAAUUGGCAGGAAUCCUGUCCCAGCGGAUGUUUGUCAUGCUGCCCUGCGGUGGUGUUGGGGUGGAUAGCGACACCAUUUGGAAUGAACUGCACUCCAGCAACGCAGCACGAUGGGCUGCUGGGAGCGUCACAGAACUGGCCUUUAAGGUGGCCAGUCGGCAACUGAAGAAUGGCUUUGCAGUAGUACGGCCUCCAGGACACCAUGCAGAUCCCUCAACAGCCAUGGGUUUCUGUUUCUUCAAUUCUGUGGCAAUUGCAGCCAGGCAGCUCCAGCAGAAAGGGAAAAUCAAUAAGAUUCUUAUUGUAGACUGGGAUGUUCACCAUGGCAAUGGAACACAGCAGGUGUUUUACCGAGACCCAAAUGUCCUCUAUAUCUCUCUACAUCGGCAUGACAAUGGUAACUUCUUCCCUGGAAGUGGAGCAGCUGAUGAGGUGGGCUCUGGUGCUGGUGAGGGCUUCACGGUCAACGUCGCUUGGACAGGUGGCCUUGACCCACCCAUGGGAGAUCCGGAGUACUUAGCUGCUUUCCGGACAGUUGUGAUGCCAAUUGCUCGUGAGUUCUGCCCUGAUGUGGUGCUGGUGUCUGCAGGCUUUGAUGCAGCCGAAGGUCAUCCCCCCCCACUCGGUGGCUACAAAGUUUCACCCAAAUGUUUUGGCUACAUGACCCAACAGCUGAUGAACGUGGCUGGAGGGGCCCUUGUUCUUGCGCUGGAAGGAGGACAUGAUCUGACUGCCAUCUGCGACGCCUCUGAAGCAUGUGUCUCUGCCCUGCUGGGUAAUGAGUUGGAACCCCUUCCAGAGGACACUCUACAACAGAAACCCAACACAAAUGCGGUGCACUCAUUGGACACUGUGAUUCAGGUGCAAAGCCAAUACUGGAGCUCUGUGCGGCGCUUUGCCUCCACCGUGGGCUACUCAUUCCUGGAAGCCCAACGCCACGACACGGAAGAAGUGGAGACUGUGACAGCACUGGCCUCACUUUCUGUGAUGGCAGAAAAAAGGCAGCAGGAUGAGCCUAUGGAAGAAGAGCCCAUGAACCAAUGAAGAUCCAUUUCAUCCUCCCAGUGGGAACAGAAUUUCCUUAGUGGUUCAUUCCUCAUAACACAGUCCUGGUCCAUUGCAUAGCGCAUGCUACUCUGACUCCCAAGGCUGGAAAACACAUUCAACUAUUGCAAUACCAGCUGUGUGGAAGGGGCAUAUGGCAAAUCAUCCAGGAUUAGUAGGUCCCCCUUGGGGGCUGCCACAUGCAAAACUCCACAUUCCAAGAAGUAGUCCCAGACCUGUGGUCCUCUUGUUGGAGAAACAGCUUGGAUUAAAACUCUGACAACCAACAGUGCCUGGUGGACACAGGAGACUGAAUAUGGACUGCAAAACUGGAGAGUUUACUCCGACGUUGGGGUGGUGCCUUUUCCCCUCCAGAACCAAAGAGGCCCCACAGAGAGAUCCUGCUGGGGCAGAGCCAGGGUUUUAUUGUCCUUAUCCUCUUUUUUUCUAAGCAAGAUUUAUUUCCUUCUUGAAGGAAGCUGGACCUUUACAACAGGAAAACUUUUUUAAAAAACGAUUGGAUUUUCAACACUUGGUAACAUCUUCGAGAAGUCACCUAGGCCAGCUCCUGCUUCAACUACUCUCCCAAACUUUCCCUUUUGUUCUAGGACCUCCCUAAUUUGCACUAUAUACAGAUCAUUACAGACACAGACUUUUAUCUAGUUUGCCACAGGACUUUGUGGGAACAAACUGAAUCUCCUUGUGGACUCAAGCCCUUAAUGUACCAUUCCUCAACACACUAUGUAAAUAUGCAUCCCAGUGGUGUUUGUGGCUGGUUGAUGUGCCUCUGACCCCUGAACAUAGGCCAUUCUUAUUCCAAAAACAAAUUUUGAGGGAGGGAGUUGGGAACAAAGGACGUGAGCAGGGCAGUGUGUUCUCUGUUAUCCCAAUCAAUAUGUGGAAUUCAAUUUCCUGUGAAUCUUAGUUGUUUGGGUGCUUUGUUGAUCCUCCCCUCCCCCCUUUGUCAAAAACAAAAAAGCAAAACACAAACCACACAAGCUUCUAUCCUUAUGAUGUGUUUGAAAACAAGCAGGCAUUGCACCUAUAAAUGCUCUGUUAUUUUGGUAA